GCUAGUCGUGUCAAUCGCAAGCAACCUUUCCAGCACAAGGCAAUCUUCCAGCUCAUAGCAGUGCAAUGGUUCUAUGCCGGCCAACGCGACUCGGUGAUCAAAGAAUCACAAGGAAGGUUCGCAGAGGUACUGGAUAACCUUCUGGCACUGGUCUGCAAUGUGAUUGAAAUGGGAUUAGCAGAUGUUGCCACGGGAUCCCACGCACCCAAGUGGGUGAACAUCAUCGGUGUCCUCGGGGAGAUGAAGGACAAGGCACCAAAGGCAUAUGUAGCAUUGAAGCAGUUUGUCUGGGCUCAGGUAUCCGAACUUAUUUGCAAGGAAGAAGAGGCUGGCAAGAGGGCAGCUUCUACAUCAGGCAUUGGUGAUGAGGCUACGGCGGACGACGAGUUUGUAGCGUGGGAUGACAUUGAGGUCAUUGAUGUCAACGCUCAGCCAUCUGGCGAGGCGUCUUCGUCGGAACGCGAGGCAUUGUUGACGGCGGAAACAGCGGCACAGUUGACGGUCCCGGCGAACCGUGACCGGAAAGUGAGCAAGGCAGCACAUAUACCUCCAUUGCGCACAACGACCAAGACUUACUCUAUCGCAAUCCUGACGCGUAACAUCUGCCACAAGUUCGGUUUGCUACAUGCGUAUCUAGUCUCCUAUCUCUCGUUGUCGGAUACCCUCGUGUCACAUGUAUUAUAUACCGUGCGAUCAUCAUCUGUACGAGUCAUGCUUGAAUGGUCAGACAAGCUGUUUGGGGUCCUCAAGCACAUGGGCAAUGUAACAUAUUAUAAUGCUUAG